AAAUACCACCGAAACGACAGAGCAACCGCGGCAGGCAGCAAAUUCAAGUGUAGAACAGCAGCUAAUUUUGCUAAAGCAAAUCAAAACAUUUGAGUUUUUCUCUUAUUUUGUCGGGUACUCGAGUUUUCUCAACUCGUUUCAUGCAAUCACACAAGAUGUGCUCUCUAAAUAUACUUUUUUGCUCAAUACAACUAAUCGUUAUCACUAGUAUGCUAUUGGCAACAAUGUUGCUGCAACAUGUUGAUGCCGCACCCGAAUUUGUUUCACACAAAGCUUGUAACGAUGCGGCGCCGGGUACUAUUGUCGCCAAUCCAGGCAAUUGCAGUCAAUAUAUCAUUUGUAACGGUUUGCGUUCGGCGCUGGGCGAAUGUGCGGCCAAUACAUACUUCAAUCCGAAUGUGUUGUCAUGCGACAAAACGUCUGUGGCUUGCAGCGGCAACAACAGCAGCACAGCAGUGACAGCAACAACAGCGGAGUCCACAGCUACAACAGUUACCGCAGCUGAGGUGUCGGCUGCGUCCAUUUUCCUGUUUACUACACGCCGCCCACUCAAUACUUAUACGCGUCCGCUCGGCAAUAACCGCCCCGGCAGCACAUCUUAUAUACAGAGUCCAUCCUUGGCGUCGGUGUUGGCGCCGGCGCCAACUUAUGGUCGUCCUGUCUGCACUAGCUGGUACGAUCAGCAAUUCCCGCAUCCCAACAACUGUGAGUACUAUUUCCAUUGUGUUGGCGGCUUUCUCAGUGUGCGCCGUUGCUAUUUCGGUUUUGGCUGGGACUUGGAUCGCCAGCAGUGUGUGCCCAUGCAGCAGGCGAAAUGCUUCCGCCCAAUGCUUGUACGUUAGUUAGCCGCUGCACUGUCUUUGUUUUGUAUUCUUUAGUUGUUGACAUUUUGUUUAAUGCACAAAUUUGUUAUUUGCUUGUUUUUAUUAUUAUUGCGCAAUGUUUUGGUGCAUGACAUACUUAUACAUAUGUAUGUACUGAGAACAUUCAUUCAGUUGUAUGAAAAUAGUUUAAGUGUAGCAUUAAGUGUUUAAAAGUAACAAUAAAAUUAUUUAAAUAAAUUAAAUUUUUUGUUAAAAUGAA